AUAAAAGACAGGUGAAGCAAGCAUUCAUUCACCAAGGAGGCAAAGAUGGCUAAACUCACUCUCCUCAUUGGUCUGGCCCUGGUGCUGUUUGCCCAACUGGGCUCUGCCUACCACCUGACAUGCUACUUCACCAACUGGGCCCAGUACAGACCAGGGCUGGGGCGCUUCAAGCCAGAGAACAUCGACCCCUGCCUCUGUACUCACUUGAUCUAUGCUUUUGCUGGGAUGAGGAACAAUGAGAUCUCUACCAUCGAAUGGAAUGAUGUCACCCUCUACAAAUCCUUCAAUGGUCUGAAAAACAAGAACAGUGAGCUGAAGACUCUCCUGGCAAUUGGAGGCUGGAACUUUGGAACUGCCCCAUUCACUACCAUGGUCUCCACUCCUGAGAACCGCCAGACUUUCAUCAAGUCAGUCAUCAAAUUCCUGCGCCAGUAUGAGUUUGAUGGGAUUGACUUUGACUGGGAAUACCCUGGGUCUCGUGGCAGCCCUCCUCAGGACAAGAACCUCUUCACCGUCCUGAUCAAGGAAAUGCUUGAAGCCUUUGAGCAGGAAGCUAAACAGAUCAACAAACCCAGGCUGAUGAUCACUGCUGCUGUGGCUGCCGGCAUCUCCAACAUCGAGUCUGGCUAUGACAUCCCUCAGCUCUCCCAGUAUCUGGACUUCAUCCAUGUCAUGACCUACGAUCUCCAUGGCUCUUGGGAGAGCUACACCGGAGAGAACAGCCCCCUGUACAAAAACCCCAGUGACACCGGCAGCAAUGCCUACCUCAAUGUGGAUUAUGUCAUGAACUACUGGAAAGAUCAUGGAGCAGCCCUUGAGAAGCUCAUUGUUGGAUUCCCAGCCUAUGGACAUACUUUCAUGCUGAGCAACCCCGCUAACCACGGCAUCGGUGCACCCACCACUGGCCCUGGCCCUGCUGGACCCUACACCAGGCAGUCUGGUUUCUGGGCUUACUAUGAGAUCUGCCCCUUCCUGAAAAAUGGUGCUACUGAGGUGUGGGAGGCUUCUGAGGAUGUCCCCUAUGCUUAUAAAGGCAAUGAGUGGGUUGGCUAUGACAAUCCCAAGAGCUUCCAAAUCAAGGCUGAGUGGCUGAAGAAGAAUAACUUUGGAGGUGCCAUGGUCUGGGCCAUUGAUCUGGAUGACUUCACUGGGACUUUCUGUAACCAGGGAAAAUUCCCCCUGAUCAACACCCUGAAGAAAACUCUGGGUCUGGAGAGUGCAAGUUGCAAGGCCCCUCCUGAGCCCAUUGCUCCCAUCACUGAAGCUCCUAGUAAAGGAAGUGGUGACAGUGGCAGCAGCGGCAGUGGCAGCAGUGGCAGCAGCUCUGGUGGCAGUCCCAGCGGCACUGGGUUCUGUGCCUCCAGGGCUAGUGGCCUGUAUCCUGACCCCACCGACAAGAAUGCCUUCUACAACUGUGUGAAUGGAAGGACCUAUCAGGAACACUGCCAGGCAGGCCUUGUCUUUGAUGCUUCUUGCUCUUGCUGUGACUGGGCAUGAAUUAGAGAGUUGAAGGUCCCCCAAGUUAUCCCCAGAAACGUGCAAUAAAGUGAUGAA